UAUUUGACGAGACUUUAUUAGUUCAACAUGUUAUGAAUGGGAACGGGUCACGGAGAGAAUUUUGGGUGUACGCCCUUGUCAACUAUCGGAGCUCAACCUACCAGCAUGACCAACGUGGUUAGUAUGGCAGGUCGGAACAUCCAGUGAACGGUUUCGUGCCACGGUUUUUCGUAUCACCGGGCAAAGUUUCAUGGGAUGCAUGAUGCCUAUGGACUAUUCGAUUUGAGGAAUCGAGACUGUUAGCACAUCGCUGUUGACUAAAUAAAAAAAAGAAAGCGUUGAAAAUCGGAUUGUUUGAGGAGUAAACAAACCUUUUGAAAACACCAUUGAGAAGGUGCUAUUGUGAUUUAGCUAGAAUGUUGGAAAGAGACAAUUUGGUAUAAUAUCAGUGAAUCACAGUACUGGGAUAACAUCUUUUCAUACCAGGUACUGACUGAUUGUGAUUCUUUGAUUCGCCUAACUCUUAUUUUUGGAUCGUUGUUAAGGUGUUAUAGGCUAGAAAGGAAAUUGAAAUUCUCUUGGUUCAUCUGAAUGCUAGUUGGAAAAGAGGCAGACGGUUGAAUCGGAAGUAUGCGAUCACAUUUCCAAGGAAGUCUUGUCAGAUUAAUGUAAAGCGAUAUUCAGAACAUCGGACAAACCCCAAACGGAAGAGUGGCGAUCUGCGUAGGUUGCAGGAACGACCGGGUCCCGCUGCGCCCAUCAUCUCAGUUUUAACCGACCCAAAUCUGCAUCAGGAAGGUUUAACGUGUGGGAAUGUAUACCAAGCACGCACGAUCAUGAAAAGUCAUGCGGGAAAUAUCAGCAUCAGAUGACUAACAUCGACUGAUGACCAUCUAAAAUAUUAAACAACAAAAAUGCAAAAAGCUCACUCGCGGAAACAGAACUUUGCAUGAUUCUAACGAUCCGAUUCGUCGCUCUGUGGACGAACAUUAGGCCUGCUAUUGAAUUUAUCACCUUUGGUGAAAGUAUAUUGAUCCUAAAUAAACCAUUCGUUAAAUAAUUUUUGCAUAUUCACUUUUGGUGAAUGUAUAAUUUUUCGUUUCUUCGUAAGCCAUUUGUCAGAUAAUUUGUUAUAUCCUUUUCCUGAAGUUACGAUUAAGUGGUGUAUAGCGAGAAUACACCGAGCUCCUUUCGGGAUUGGUCUGCAUGCGCACGUCUUGCAAUUUAAUAUUUUGGCAUCUUGAGAUUUGGAGCCAUCACUAAUAAAGCGACCUUGGUCAUAACCCCGGAUCAUAAUAAUUUCUUUGAAUGCUGACGUUCGGAUUUCCGCUUAUGAGAUGGAUAAUUAAAUUCGUCAAUGAACCGCUUGUCUUGGACGGUUUCAUUUCAAUUAGAGGGCGACAGAACGUCAUACGGAAAAAAAAAAACAAGAUUUCCAAGAUCUUUCAAUCUCAGAUUUCAUCAAUAUGGACACCAACAUAUUCAUCAAAAUCACUUUCUCAUGGAUCAUCACCUUCGUCAUUAUGACGUCAUCAGUACAAGAAUCCGAAGGAACAUGCACAGUUCCCUCCUAUUCGUUUCCUCUCAACACGACAUCGCCUAACUAUUGUGCAGCCGGGUCCGAGGUCGAACCCUUCACCGAGUGCACGUACGACUGCGAUCAGACGGGGUAUAUUCUGGACGGCGAGGCCACGACGACGUGCUUGAUCGUCGGAACAUUCUCAUCGAACCCACCGACAUGCAGAGAUAUCGAAAGCCCAACGAUUUCGUGCCAGGACAACAUCACGACGUCGACCGACCCAGGGUUGAACUACGCCACCGUGAUCAUCGCCGAUCCCGUUGUUGCGGAUAAUUCAGGGGACAUCAAACUGAACCUACCCGAUUCCUACCGUGUCUUCAUCGGGGUGUCGGUCGUUCGCUUCGAGGCCGUGGAUGAUGGCGGGAAUAGUGCUGCAUGCUCUGUGUUUGUUACUGUCGAAGACACGGAGCCACCCAGCCUCACCUGUCCAGGUACACUUAACGUCACCAACGAUCCAGGACUCAACUACGCAGUGGUUACAUGGGAUGACAUCGAGAUCGAAGAUAAUUCCGGACAGUUCGUCAGCAACGGUCCCAGCUACCCUUCGGGGACAAAGUUUCCCAUUGGACAGACCACGGUGCAAGUCUCUGCUUCCGACUUGAGUUCCAACAUUGGGACCUGCUCCUUCGUCGUCGUUGUUCGUGAUGUCGAACCUCCUACUCUCAUCUGUGCCGAGGACUUCACCACCACCACCGAUCCCGGUGCCUUCUACGCUGACGUGAUGAUCACCCCUCCCACUGUCCAAGACAACUCCAAUCCUCUUAUAAAUCAGAGCGAGGCAUACCCAGUCAGACUCGUCAUAGGGUCCUCUGCCAUCACCUUCAGUGCCAAGGAUGGCGCGGGCAACCUGGCCGAGUGUACUGUGGUUAUCACAGUCUUAGACGUGGAACCUCCCGAGCUGAUGUGCCCAGAUGACAUCGUUGUCAGUGCUCAACCCAAUCAAGAUACGACAGCGGUGUUGUGGGCGGAACCAACCGCGACCGAUAAUUCUCAGAACCCCGUCUCCACACCCAUAGGUGACUUCCCCUCCGGGUCGAUCUUCUCGAUCGGGACGACGCCUGUGACGUACACGGCCUCUGAUGUCUACGGGAAUAUCGGGAGCUGCGUCCUACAGGUGACCGUCCGUGAUUAUGACGAGUGUGAGACUGUGUUUAAUCAGUGCAAUGGAAAUGCCGAAUGUACCAAUACUCCAGGGGGCUACACGUGCCAGUGUGAUGCAGGUUACAGUGGUGACGGGUUCACCUGCCUAGAAAUCGAUGAAUGUACGACGAACGAUCACAACUGCGACUCCAAUGCUGGCUGCGUCAACACAGACGGUAGUUUUGAAUGUCAGUGUAUGGACGGCUACUCGGGUGAUGGGUUUACAUGCCAAGAUAUCAAUGAGUGUGACUUGGACCUAUCAGAAUGUCAUCCACUAGCUGAAUGUAAUAAUACAAUAGGAUCGUAUACAUGUACCUGUUUGUCAGGGUAUACAGGAAAUGGGAUACUGUGUACAAAUAUUGACGAAUGCACCACGGGCGACCACGGGUGCGACAUCAAUGCGGAUUGCGUCGACUCUGAUGGGUCGUUUGAAUGUCAGUGUCGAGAUGGUUAUACAGGAAAUGGAACAACGUGUACAGAUAUCAACGAAUGUACUUCGGGUGAUUCUAACUGUGAUGAGAAUGCAGAAUGUACAAACACCGAUGGUUCGUUCGUCUGUCAGUGUGUAACAGGAUUCUCAGGCGAUGGGAAUACAUGCGAUGAUAUUGACGAAUGCAGUUUAGUUCAAGAUAUUUGUGAUGAGAAUGCCGAGUGUACAAACACAGACGGCUCGUUCGUCUGUGAAUGCCUAACAGGAUUCACAGGCGAUGGGACAACGUGCGACGAUGAUAAUGAGUGCAUUUCAGACGAGCAUGAUUGCGAUGAUAAUGCAGAGUGUUUUAACACCGAUGGUUCAUUCAUCUGCGAAUGUUUACCAGGGUUCUCAGGAGAUGGAAUACAAUGUGAAGAUAUUGAUGAAUGUUCAUCAGGUGAGGAUGAUUGUGAUGAGAAUGCAGAAUGUAUAAACACAGAUGGAUCAUUCAUAUGCGAAUGUCUUCCAGGAUAUUCUGGCAAUGGAACUUCUUGUGGAGCUUUUGAUAUCUGCGAAACCCUCACUCCAUGCCCCAGCGUUGCUGAGUGCAUCAACGAGAUCGACAGCUAUACAUGUCAAUGUCGUUCUGGUUACGAGACCGUCACGGUGUCGACCGGCGUUGACGGCUCGGUCGUGUGUGGUGAUGUCGAUGAAUGCAGCUCGUCGAUCACGGAUUGCGAUGUCAAUGCUGUCUGUGUAAACACGGUUGGGAGCUACGAGUGCGUGUGCGGCGACGGGUACGCCGGAGAUGGCAUAUCAUGCGAAGCUGUUGAUUCUUGCCUCUCAUCGCCUUGCCAGAACGGAGGGGUUUGUACUUCAGGAGACAAUUCAUAUCAGUGUGAAUGCCCAUCGGACUUCACUGGAAUUAAUUGCAAUACGGAGGUGGUUCAAAAUGAACCCAUAGAGGUGAUAGAGCACCCAUCAUCCCAGGAGAUUGAAUACGGCAAUAGCAUCAGCCUAUCGUGUGCCUUCCAGAACGCUGAGAGCUUCACGUGGAAAAAGUCCGAGCAACUCCUCUUAGACAGUACUGACCGGUCGCCACUUGUCAUCUCCCCUGCCCUUCCCCGGGACCAAGGUUACUACUCCUGCAUCGGUUACGGAGAAAAUGGGGAGGAAUUGGAGACAGAUGCAGCCUUGGUAACAAUGACAGGGGUAACAAAUUACAUAGUUACCGCUUCAUUUGACCUUACAUAUGAAGAUACCUUGGCAGAUCCUAACUCUGAUCUUUUCGUCGAAACGGCAGCAACAAUUCAGAAUUUUGUGAAUAUAGGUCUUCAGAACACUGCCGGAUUUUCUUCACCACCAGAGGCAAAGGUUAAUGCAUUAACUUCCGGUAGUGUCAUCGCCGAGAUCGUCAUAUUUGUGACAAACGGAACGAGCGAUGAGGUCGGGCAGCUGUCAUUGGUAGAGACAGCAUUGCUAUCACAAGCCGAGAGUUCAGAUGGGUUCAUGGAUCCAAGCUCAGUGUCCGUGAUGAGUACAGUAACGUGUCCUUUUCUCACCUGGAUGUCUCCAUAUGGUGCUGUCAACUUUACCACGGGUCCCGUUGACUCCGAAGCUCUCUCCACUGGAUUGUGUCCUUCAUAUAAAUUAAAUCAUGGCCAACCGAUUGGUAAGGCUCUUUGUGUAGGAGAUGGAUUAUCACCGAGCUACUGGGAUCCUGUGGAUAACUGUGGAAGAAACUUGACAGCCGACGAACAACUUAUUCUACUAGAAGAGACUCCAGUAACGAUCGAUAACGUUGCCGACAUCGCCGAAUCUACCUCUGAGCUGACGUCAAGCAGCGAGUCAUUGACGUCUGAUGGUGUCGCUUCUGUAUCAAGGUUGCUUGAAGACAUUGCUGAAGCAAGAUCACCAGAACCUGCGGUAUGUGGUUUUGUGAUAGAAACAGUGCAGAAUAUUUUGAGCGCUUCACCAGACGAGCUUGCCGGUGCCCAGACUGAGAGCGGAGCGACCAGUCGUGCUGUCGCCUCCCUAGAGGAACAGCUCUUCAUUGUAGAUAUCUCCGCUUCAAAUGGUACAUACAGGAGAGUCGAAGAAAAUUUAGCUGUUGAGGUGGUUGAACUGUCUCCUGAAACACUUCGAUCUGGCCUAUCCGCUUCCCUUACUGUCAGCGGGGGAUCUGACAAAAUAGCCGCAGACGACUUCAAACUUCUCGUCGGAGAAGAAACCGAUGUCGAUGACGAGCCCGAUGCGCUCCUCGAUCUCCCACCCGAAAUAGGUGACGUCAUCUCUGCGGGUGACAAUGUAAGGUGUUCGUUUACCACAUUCGCUGAUCCUGCGUUGUUCCAAUCGCCGAGUCUCGCUGUGAAUGAGAAUAGUACGGGUCCAUAUAGGACUGCGAACUCACCGGUUAUCUCGGCAACUGUUGGCGGAUCAGUCAUUAACGGUUUAACUCAACCGGUUGUCGUCUCGUUCAAACCGCUCAACCCGAACGCUACCAAUGCAACCUGUGUGUUCUGGGAUUUUGAAGCGAAUAACGGGACCGGUGAUUGGUCAACAGAAGGCUGCCGUCUGAGCAAUACAAGCACUGAUUCUAGACCAGUAUGCCAAUGCGACCAUCUUACUAACUUUGCGGUCCUCAUGGAUAUCUACGGUGGGUCUACAUUGUCUGACAGAGAGGAUUUCAUAUUGGAGAUUCUCAGCUAUGUUGGCUGCUCUAUGUCUGUUUUCGGACUCGUGAUCACCAUUAUAACGUACCUGAGUAAUAGAAAAUUCCGCAUGAAGAAUCCCAACCAGAUCCUACUGUGUCUCUGUUUCUCCUUGCUCGGUCUGUAUGUCACGUUCCUGACCAUGAUCGCUCUCGACGCCGAACGAGGCGUGGUCGAAGUCGGUGUCAUUCCUUGUAGCAUCGUGGCAGGGUUAUUACACUUCUUCACACUCUCUUCGCUGGCCUGGAUGUGCGUCGAGGGAUUCAACAUGUACCUCAUGUUCGUGAGGGUCGUGGAUAGUUACGUUUCGAAUUUCAUCCUCAAGGCAUCGUUUUGUGCUUGGGGUCUACCUGCCGUGGUGGUGUUUAUUACAGCAGGGGUAACAAGGGAUACAUAUGCACAGACAGACUUUUGUUUUGUGAGUCUCUGGCCCCAGGUUGGCGGUCUUUUGAUACCGAUCGGUCUCAUUCUCCUCUUCAACAUCGUCGUCUUCGCGCUGGUCAUGAAACGACUCACCAAGACAGUCAGGGGUAAACAACAGAACGAGAAGGCAGAGCGACGUCAACGAAUACGACGAUUCCAAAACGCCAUAAGCAUCCUCCUCCUCAUGGGACUAACAUGGUCGGUGGGCUAUCUUUCGUUGAUCCAAGCAACCAGCGUGGUCGUCCAGGGAAUCUUCACCGUGCUCAACUCCCUGCAGGGUUAUUUCAUUUUCAUGCUCUACUGCGUGCGUCAACCUCAGGUUCGACGUCAGUGGCGAGCCCAAUUCAGCUGCUGUCUGCCCGAGUCCCUGCGGGUCUCGCUCGAUUCUUCGACGUCGCGGUUCUCGUCGACUGUGAACACGCGGACGACCACGACGUGGAAACCAAACAACCAACCCUCCAAGAAGGGCUUGAAUACCGUCUCCAAGUUCAAUCCGAACUCGGUACCGACGUCGACGACGGAAAAUCUAGGCAGUCGGAUGUACAAUGAUAGGAUCUAACCUCGAUAUAAUACGCAGUCGAGCGAGAAAUGCGCAGUAUUUUAAGAAUGUGCUUUAGGAUGACAAAAUGGCUUUUUAAUGCAUUACACGGGAUUAUUAACAAAUCUGACAAUCAAGAAAUGAAUGUUCGUUAUCAUUUGACUAUUUGAUCAUUCAAAUGGAUGGUAUAUUUUACAAAGCUCAAUAUUCAUGCAAAAAUGUAUUUACCAUUUAAGGCUGUAUCCAAAAAAUGAAGCAAUUAUUGUGCAUAUUGUGUAGGAGAGAUAUUUCAACAAAAUGCAUCGAAAUUGGCAUAUCUACUUAACAAAAUUCAAUCAUUAGAAAAAAUCUGAUUUUAGCAUAAAGUUGUGUUCUUUUCCGUUCUCUCUUAAAAUAAAUAAUUUAAUUUCUUUCCUUAUGUUUGUUUGCAAAAUAAGACGUAUAUUAAUUACCUGAGCUCUUUCGAAAUCACACAAGGGCAGUGAGUAGGUUACAAUUAUCUAUCGUUUUUCAUAAACUUAUCUCAAUCGAUAUUGGUUUCUUGUGAAUCAUUUUACCUUCCAGCUGUAUGAAAUUAUUUACCUAUUGGUAUAAUUUAAAACAAUCUUAAAACUCCUGAAAGAUUGGGUGAAAAUGCUAGCAAGGUAAUUUUAAGUUCAAUGCUGAUGUUGGUUUUUGUGUUGAAAGCGCAAACCAGAUUUGAGUUACACACAUUUAUUUGAUAAUAGCUCAACAACUCGGAUUUUCCCACCACCAGUUGCGUUUUGUUAUUGAGUUGAUGUAAAAAUCGGUCCAACACCAACACUAAAAGGUUUAAAAAGGAUUUGAAAUCAUCCAAGUGUCAACAUUAGUUAUAGUAGUGCCUAAUUUUUAUUCCUCCUUUUUAUGAUCUCCUACUACAGACUAAAGACUAGGAAAGAAAAAAACCCCGCUAUAACACGAAAUAGAAUAGUUUCAAGAUGAAAGCACAUUGUGUUCAGGGGGGCGUUUCAUGAAAGGACUUGUCGGACGUUUUAUCCGACAGU